UGGCUGCUGCAAUGUCAGUGGUUUCCUCAAUGUCGGCAAGAACGAUGCGGCGCCAAUCUCCCGCUUACCAUCAGAUGUCCUUGAUAUCAUUUUUGACGAGCGUCGUCGUGUGCUUCUCCGGUGGACAGGUUUCCGUAGUCCUCUUCCCAUCGAGGUGCAACUAUCGCACGUAUGUCGAAGAUAGCGUCAAGUGGCUUUGAACACUCCCUCUCUAUGGAACACUCUACGGAUCCUGAUCCUUCACAGGGAAAGCGCUAUCAGAACCUACUUACAUCGCCGCUGUCCUUUCAGCGUCCAUUUGGGACCCCAAAUAUCAGAUGGCAGCAUUAUGGAUGUCAUCACUUCCGAGUUAAUGCCAUGCAUUGACCGGUUCCGCGAGUUAAUCUUGGACGCCAAGGACCGUCAAGAACUUCGCGCGUUGCUUUCUCACCUCGUAACCACGGUCGCUCCCUCUCUUCAGCAGCCAAAGAUAACCAGUAAUGGCCUUGUGCAUGGUCAGGGGAUCUUAUCCCUCCAUAGAAAUAUUCAAACAAGGCGUUCCACUGCUUUCGGAUGCACGCCUCAGUGCUCUUCCCAUCACCUUACCUCCGGCUGCGGUUUCAACACUCCACUUUGGACCGUUUCCUGGACCUGGAAUACCCCUUUCUCGGAGUCAUUCGCUCAACAUAAUUACCCCUGUCGCUUCCUCGCUCACCGUGGUCUAUUUGAAGGGAUUCCUAAAUGGCUUCCAGAAGAACCCGGAAUGCGUUCUUCCUGUUCAUAUGGUGCCUUGACUUCGACCCUAGUGAACUAGUUGGAGAGGUGGCAUGAAUGGGAAUGGAUGAAUACU